AGGAUGAGCCUUAUUUUGAAAAUCCGUGCCGGAAGACUAGAUGUUUUUCCAAGACGGAACAUGAAAACAUCUCAAAACUGGCGUUAACUACAAUAAUUUACGUAAUUUAAAACGCGUUUCUAAUGUGUUGAAGACUGUUUUUUUCAUGGAUAUUCGUUAUUUAUUCUCAAGCGGUCAAACUAAGUCAAGUGUGAACUCGGUGACCUGCUGAUCGCUGUGGUCGCGUGCCUCUUUGGAGACGCGGGAUCCAGACCAGACUGCCCCUCCAUAGAUGAAGAUGUCCCUGGCUCAACGUGUCCUCCUUUCCUGGAUAUUUACCCUGAUCUUUCUCAUUAUGUUGGUCCUCAAGCUGGACUCCAAAAUCCACUGGAACUGGUUUCUGAUCUUCCUUCCCGUUUGGACUUUUGACGCCAUCCUCAUCCUCAUGCUGAUCGUGAAGAUGGCAGGUCGCUGCAAGCCGGAUUUUGACCCCAGGGAUGGCGAGGAGAGCGUGAAGAGGAGGCUGUGGUACCUGACGGCCCUGCUGCUGAAGCUGGCCUUCUGUCUGACUCUGUGCUCCCGCCUGGAGAAGCACACCGACGUGCUGGUCAGUGUUGUGUGCGUCCCUCUGUGGCUGAUGCUUGGUGGAGCGCUGGUGGAGUUGGGACACAGUGUUUUCCGCGACAGAAGGGACUGAACUUCAAACAUUUAUUAUUUGAUUGUAUGUAUAUGAGACACGAGCACAUACUCAAGAGGAGCUCCAACCGAAGAUGAUACUAUUAUUAUUAUUAUUUUACGCUAACGUAAAGCCACAAAUUAUUUAUGCAAGGUUCCUUUCUACAAGUCAAAACAAUAUCUAACUGUAUUUUUUUGUCUAUAACAGUAGCUAAUAAUGUGUGGUAUGAUUGACAGCUCUUAUUUUUUUUUUACUUUUCACUUAGAUUGUCACAUAAUGUUGAUGUUUUUCAUCUCCCCCUCGAUUUGAGUCAGGUGUAGAGCCAACAUUUGGACUCGAUUUGGGAGGAAAAAUGUUCGAAAAGUAGCUUUAAAGUUCACUGCAUCUAGUUCUAUAAGGUAUAUAUUAAAGAUACAUUUGUAAAAA